UGGUGCCACGUGAACAUUAGAAGGGCAUUCAAAACAACAUAUCAGGGGGAGUGACUGGACCAGGAAUGGUCAGUGCUAUGCUAUUUGUCCUCCAAGAGACACCAAGAGGAGCAGUGCCAGGACAGAAGAGGCACCGCGGGUGGGGUGGUGAGGGGGUGACAGGAUAAGAGGCACCGAUGGGAUGGGCGAGACCGGAGGAGCCAGCGGGGCUCAGCGCGGAGGGACGAAGAGGCAGCGGGCGGGCGCUGUCGGUAAGGAAGGGGGUUAGACAGGGACGUCCCGAGGCCAGCGGACGUUUCCCGGUGGUUGCCGGGGUCGCGGCCCGCCUGUGUUGUUGUAACGGCCGCGAUGGCGGCGCGGCCGCCGCUGCCCGACUCGGUGCUGGUGCAGGUCUUGGCGCUGCUGCCGCUGCGGGACCGCCUGCGAGCGGCCAGGGUCUGCCGGCGGUGGCAGCAGCUGGCGCAGGACCGAGCGGUCUGGACACAUGUGGAUUUGAGCCCUCACCGGAUCACCCGCCGCACGCUGUGGCACCUGGUGCGCCACCGCCUCCCCGACAGCCUGUGCUCCCUGCGGAUGCGGGGCGCGCCUCGCUCCGGCCGCAAGCAGCGGCUCCUCUCACCGCCGCUGCUGGCUGCCCUUCGGAAGCGCUGUCCCCAGCUCCAUCGGCUGUGCCUGACCGAGACCGACCUCCGCCACGUCCCGUACGAGAGCAUGCCCGCUUCUGUCACCACGCUGGAGCUGAGCCUCUGUGACAUCCCCGAUGCCUGGUUCCGCGUCUCCCCUUCGGUGCCACCACCACAGGUACAGCACCUCGCUAUCCACAGCAUUCCCACCUUUUCUGACCAUCAUCUUCUUGACGUUUCCUCACAGAACCACCUGAAGACACUGAGCCUUUGUGGCACCUACCGCAUCACUGAUAAGGGGAUCCAAGCAGCAGCUCCCCACCUGGAAGAGCUUGAACGCCUAAUUCUACGGCACUGCAUCAUUGGUGAUGCUGCCAUGGUAUUCAUCGGGCGCCACAUGAAGCAGCUCCGCUACCUGGAAAUCAGCAAUGCCUACUUUCUGACAAACAAGGGGCUGGUUGCUAUUGUGACACUGGAGUACCUGGAGACCCUGUGCCUUGACCUCUAUGAUUUGGUCUCCCUUGGUACUGUUAUCGCUUUGUUGCAAGUGCUGCCUCGCCUGAACCACCUCAAAUUAGGUGGAACUUGCUUUGAAGAUGAGCUCCUUGGUAAAAUUCAGGAGAAUUUUCCACAUUGCACCAUAUCUCACACUCUGUGACAGCCUGGAGUGCUAUUCUUCCUUAGUACACCUGAAGUGCUCCUUUUUUCCUCUUUUUAUAAAGCCUGUUUUCAUGUACGUAGCUUUGGGACAGAAUUCCCAUUGGCCUUAAAAUAUUACAUUUUUUCAUAUAAAUAUGUUAAAGAGAAUGUCAUGUAAACAAGUCUGUUAACAAGCAUUUGGUAGGAUUCCCCUCUCCUUGUUUUCCAUGGAUCAGAGGAAUAGGAAAGCUGGGAAGCACACCUAGACUUUGGGAACCCCACUGACAAAAAGCUGUCUGGGGUGAUGACAAGUUUAAGCUCUGUCUUCUCCUCUUUCUUCACUGCCAAGGAUCAGGCAGCAGCUUAAUGAGUGCAAAAUUCAAGGAGUGAAGUGAGGCACCCUUCUGUCAUGGAAAAAAAUAGAGCUGGCAGCCAAAACCUCAGCAUUACCAAUUCCUUCUCCUUUGCUUCAAAUUCAGAUCUUCAAGUCACUUGUCAGACUGGUCAUGAGGAUUCCUGAACACCAGGUCCCAAGAGCCAGACAUCCUGUUUGCCCCCAGGCAACCUCUGGGUUUUGCUGGUAGCAUCCAUGUUUUCUCAUCACUUUUAUUGUCUGUGUUCACAUCCUCUUCCUCCCCAUCCCUCAUAUCCUAACACCAGAUAACCACCUAAAUGUUAUGUUGUGAUUCUUAAUUUUUAGUCUAAGCAAGUAUUGUAUUUAUUUUAAAAAAUCUGCAAGCUUUUAACUUUCAUUUGAACCCUUGUUUUUAGGACUUGGGUGUUUUUUUUUUUAACCUGCUUCAGCAUCUCUCCUGCCCCUUAGGAUAGCCUUGUUUGUGACAAGAGCAUCCCACAGGAAACAGAGCAGGACAUCUAAUGCCUCAGUUGAGUCUUUUCUGCCUCUUCUCAUCCCAAACACCCCCUGCUCUCCAUUCAGCUGUAGAACAAUCAAUAAACCUUUGGGUUUCAGAUGGU